GUGGGCGGGCCCGGGGGCGUGGCCGGGGACACGUGGUACGGAAAGCCGCGCCGCGCCUGCCGCCGGAAUCUCCAAGGUGUGCCGUGUGGCUGAAGGAUGGCGGCCCUCACGACCCUGUUCCAGUACAUUGAUGACAAUCAGGAGCGCUACAUCCAGAAACUCGCACACUGGGUGGCCAUCCAGAGCGUGUCGGCGUGGCCGGAGAAGCGAGGGGAGAUCGGCAGGAUGAUGGAAGUCGCCGCGGCCGACAUCCAGCAGCUGGGCGGCUCUGUGGAGCUGGUGAACAUCGGGAAGCAAAAGCUCCCUGACGGCUCCGAGAUACCGCUGCCACCCAUCCUCCUUGGCAAGCUGGGCUCGGACCCCCAGAAGAAGACGGUGUGUAUCUACGGGCACCUGGACGUGCAGCCCGCGGCGCUGGAGGACGGCUGGGACAGCGAGCCCUUCACCUUGGUGGAGCGGGACGGCAAGCUGUAUGGGCGAGGCUCCACGGACGACAAGGGACCUGUGGCCGGCUGGAUGAACGCCCUGGAGGCCUAUCAGAAGACAGGUCAGGAUAUCCCUGUCAACAUCCGCUUCUGCCUCGAAGGCAUGGAGGAGUCUGGCUCCGAAGGCCUGGACGAGCUGAUUUUUGCCCAGAAGGACAAGUUUUUUAAAGACGUGGACUACGUCUGCAUCUCUGACAACUACUGGCUGGGCAAGAAGAAGCCGUGCAUCACCUACGGGCUCCGGGGCAUCUGCUACUUCUUCAUCGAGGUGGAGUGCAGUGACAGAGACCUGCAUUCGGGGGUGUACGGCGGCUCGGUGCACGAGGCCAUGACGGAUCUCAUCGCACUGAUGGGCUCCCUCGUGGACAAGAAGGGGAAAAUCCUCAUCCCUGGCAUCAACGAGGCCGUGGCCCCGGUGACCAGCGAGGAGCAGCAGCUCUAUGACCACAUUGACUUCGACCUGGACGAGUUCGCCAGGGACGUGGGCGCAGAGACGCUCCUGCACGGCUGCAAGAAGGACAUCCUCAUGCACCGGUGGCGGUACCCGUCCCUCUCCCUCCACGGCAUCGAGGGCGCCUUCUCCGGCUCCGGGGCCAAGACUGUGAUCCCCAGGAAGGUCAUCGGCAAGUUCUCCAUCCGACUCGUGCCGGACAUGACUCCCGAAGCUGUCAGCGAGCAGGUCACAAGCUACUUGACUACGAAGUUUGCUGAACUGCACAGCCCCAACAAGUUCAAGGUGUAUAUGGGCCACGGUGGGAAGCCCUGGGUAUCCGACUUCAACCACCCUCAUUAUAUGGCUGGACGGAGAGCUCUGAAAACAGUUUUUGGUGUUGAACCAGACUUGACCAGGGAAGGCGGCAGUAUUCCUGUGACCUUGACCUUUCAGGAGGCCACUGGCAAGAACGUCAUGCUAUUGCCCGUGGGGUCAGCAGAUGACGGCGCCCACUCCCAGAAUGAGAAGCUGAACAGGCACAACUACAUAGAAGGGACCAAGAUGCUGGCUGCGUACCUGUACGAGGUGUCUCAGCUGAAGAACUGAGAGGCCGCGGAGUUGCGUGUCCAGCCAGGAGUAGGCAGCCCUCUGCCCUCGCCCGCCCUGACCUCCUGGGGCAGUGGAAGCUCCCCCGCCCCUACUUCGGUCUUCCCAGGUCACACGCAGACUGCCCAGUGCCAGUGUCCGGGUGGAGGUCGCGGUACCGGCAGUAGGAAAUGUGUGUUCCUGGGGCUCGGCCGUGGCCCUGAUCCCCGCCUGGUGCCCACAGGUGGUCAGGGUGACUUGACCUUAUGAGAUCACCAGGGUCCAAAGGCAAGGCUCCCCAGUGGGAGGCACUGCUGUGGGGAAAUUGGGAGAGGACCCCACCUCCUGCCUCAGUUUCCACUUGGAAUGUUCAGAGCGGGAACGAGGAGAAAAGCUGGGGGCAUCUUACGGCACGGGGCCCCUGUCCAGUCCCUCGCUGGGCAGGCCUGUCCUCUCCCAAGACCCGCUGAGCCUCUCUUCUCUGUCCUGGUUCCUCACACCCGUGCCUACCUGGAAGGGCUCUGUCGUCUCAGUCUGCUGCUAAAUAAAAAGCAGGAACAAAGCCUCUCCAAGAAUCGCCGUCCCGCUUGCU